CCACCGGUUGCAUAAAACAACUAGAUCAUACACUUAUAUUAUUUGACCAAAACGAAAUUAUAUACAUGUAAUAUUAAUUAUUGGACCAACAUGCAUUACAUAAUAUAGUUUCCCUCGAACCCAUGCAUUCAUUAAAUACCUCAAGCUCCUCGUAUCCCCUAUAUAUAUACACACACAUUAUAGCCAAUCCAAUAAACAAACACCACAAGUAAAAAAAAGAUAAAAACAAAAUGAAUACACUUCACUUCUCUACUUCUCUCUUGUUCUUGUCACUUCUUUUCCUCUCAUGUGCUUUGCUAAUCUCACCACAGUCUCCCUCACAAGCACCUUCCUUGUCUCCGUCACAGCCACCUUCUUUGCCUCCGUCACAGCCACCUUCAUUGUCUCCAUCACAGUCACCUUCUUUGCCUCCCUCUCAACCACCUUCUUUGCCUCCCUCUCAGCCACCUUCUUUGCCUCCUCCACAGUCAACUUCAGCCGCUUGUAAGUCAACUCCAUACCCAAAGCUCUGCCGCACCAUCCUCUCCGCCGUCAAAUCCUCACCGUCAGACCCCUACAGCUACGGCAAGUUCACCAUCAAACAAUGCCUCAAACAAGCAAACCGUCUCUCCAAAACCAUCAACGGGUACGUACGCCGCGUGAGAACCAAACCAGGCUCCAUGACGGCCGAGGAAAUAGGCGCGGUGGCGGACUGCGGCGAGUUAGCUGAGCUCAGCGUGAGCUAUCUCGAGACCGUCGCGGAGGAGCUCAAAAUGGCGGAUGUGAUGACUGCAGCGCUCGUGGAGCAUGUGAACAGUCUUUUGAGUGGUGUUGUGACGAACCAGCAGACGUGUCUUGACGGACUCGUGGAGUCCAAGAGUGGUUUCGCUGCCGCUAUUGGAUCGCCGAUGGGGAAUCUCACGCGUCUUUAUAGUGUGUCGUUAGGGCUUGUGAGUCACGCGCUUAACCGUAACUUGAAGAGGUUUAAAGCCUCGAAAGGGAAGAUUCUUGGUGGUCGUAACGCAACCUAUCGCGAACCGCUCGAGACUUUAAUUAAGGGUUUACGUAAAACAUGCGAGAAGGACAAAGAUUGUCGGACCGCUAACCGGAAGUUGGGUGAGCUUGGGGAGACGAGCGGUGGUUCCAUCCUCGUCAGUCAAGCGGUUAUUGUCGGUCCUUACAAAUCCGAUAACUUCACAACCAUCACUGAUGCAAUAGCAGCCGCACCUAAUAACGCUAGACCGGAGGAUGGUUACUUUGUCAUAUACGCAAGGGAAGGUGUAUACGAAGAAUAUAUCGUUGUUCCCAUGAACAAAAAGAAUUUAUUGCUAAUGGGAGAUGGAAUCAAUAAGACGAUCAUUACCGGGAACCAUAACGUUGUUGAUGGUUGGACUACGUAUAAUUGCUCGAGCUUUGCGGUGGUUGGAGAACGGUUCAUGGCGGUUGAUGUUACAUUCAGAAACACUGCUGGACCUGAGAAACAUCAGGCCGUGGCCUUGAGGAACAAUGCUGAAGGAUCCACUUUUUACCGGUGUAGUUUUGAAGGUUAUCAAGAUACUCUCUACGUCCAUUCUCUCAGACAGUUCUACCGUGAAUGCGAUAUAUAUGGUACCAUCGAUUUUAUAUUCGGAAAUGCAGCUGCAAUUUUUCAAAACUGCAAUAUAUAUGCUAGAAAACCAAUGGCAAAGCAGAAGAAUGCAAUCACAGCCCAUGGAAGAACCGAACCAAACCAAAACACUGGAAUCUCUAUCAUCAACUGUACCAUCAAAGCCGCACCAGAUCUUGCAGCUGAUCCUACCUCAACCAUGACGUUCCUAGGACGGCCAUGGAAGCCUUUCUCAAGGACGGUUUUCAUGCAAUCAUAUAUUAGUGACAUUGUUCAACCAGUCGGAUGGCUCGAAUGGAACGGUACAACUGGAUUAGACACGAUUUACUACGGUGAGUAUGAUAAUUUUGGACCGGGGGCAAAGACAGACCGGAGAGUGCAGUGGUUCGGGUACAAUUUAUUGGACAUGGCACAAGCCAUGAACUUCACGGUUUACAACUUUACCUUGGGAGAUACUUGGUUGCCUCAAACCGAUAUUCCUUUCUAUGGUGGUUUGGUUCGCAAAGAAUAAAAAUAACAUCAUAUAAUAUAAUAUUUAUAUAUGUACUUGGUCAUUUAAUUAUAAAGCAAUAAUUUCAUUUCUUCUAAGUACAUUGGAGUCUUGAAUUUUGGUGUUUAGUUAUACAAUUAAUAAAAUCAUUUUACC